ACCAAACACUUCUUUUCCUAGACCAUCACAAAAGGCAAGUGCAUCCAGAUAUUUUGAAGGCAGCAAAAGACAAGUUCAAGGUUCAUAAAUCAGUGGUGUUGGUAGGACCACCAGGAUGUGGUAAAACUUCACUUGCAGUAGCUCUUGCAGCAUCCUACCAGCCAUCACAAGUUCUUCUUCUGACACAUCCUGAACAGGUUGAACAUGUUGACCAGAACAGAACAUAUCUAGUUAUCAUUGAGGAUUUUGCUGGGAAAUAUGAUUAUAACAAGACAAACAUCUGUAGCUGGUACAAAAAAUUCGACAUUCUUCAUGUCAUGAAAUCUGCUGGCAAACUCAACAUCAUUCUAACAUGUGACAAACAGAAGUUUAAGGAAUGCACUGAAAAAAUUGCCGCUCAUCCAUUGCUGGAACAUACGGUGGAGCUUCAACGUAAAAAUGUUCCAGUGAAACAAGAGAUACACACUAAUGUCAGCCAGGCACAGACUGUUACUGUAGAAACUGUUUCCAAUCAAAGUGGAACCGACUAUCCUGGCAGGGAGAGUCCUUUAGUUAAAAGUGCAACAAGAUUCACAUCUGUUGUCAGUAUGGAGGAGUGCAUCAAUCUGAGAAAUUUUAUUGAUGGCGGUUUUGACUGCACAUGUACAAGUAUGUGCUUGACCAAAGAUAAGUCUAUAUAUGUGGCAGUUUCAAGCAUCUCCAUAUUAGCUUCUAACUGGCUACUCUAUCAUGACAAGAACACUAAUCAAACAUCCAAAUAUUCUGUGACAGAUAAGAUUGACAGUAUGUGCUGUACAACUACUGGUGAUGUUGUUGCUUCUGUUUCAAACCAUACAUACAUACAUACUCCAAGUAUAAGUGUACUGAGAGUCACUGAUGGAUCAGUUGUGGUUAAUAAGAAAUUACAAGGUAACAAUGAUAGAGCCUGUAGAGCUGUGUCAUGUGAUGAUGAAGAUAAGAUCUAUACAGUAUGGAAUGAUGGAACAAUAAACAUAUACAACAUCAAUCUGGAACUUGUAGGACAGUACAAAACAAAAUAUUCAGGUUAUACUCCCAGCUCUGUUAUCAGCCCAAAAGGACAUGUAUUUACCAGUAUUGGUAAAGAACUGCACUAUGACAAUUUCAGAAGUUAUUCAGGCAGUGAAAGUAAGAUGAAAACUUUUAUACAUGCUUGCAUAUGUGCAGCCAGUGAGGACCCUUACACUGUAUUUAUAAAGAUAUUAUCAAACAAACUUCUCCAGUACAACACAAAAUGUCAGAAAAUAUCAGAGAUUCCUUUAACAAUUCUUGGUAUGCUUAUAUCUAAAAUGGUGUUUGAUGAAACAAGCUCAAGACUGAUCAUUUAUGACCACAACUCUGACAAAAUAUACAAUGUGUAUCUGAAAUAAACAAUCUGUAUAAAAUGAAAAUACAUUGUUAGGGUUAUCAACAUAAUCUUGCUAGGGAUAAGCUUUCAGUAAAUCAGUGACAGCAUUAAAUUUUGUUUUAUAUCUUUUAAGUAACAAGAAAUUCAGAGUACAAACUUCAGCCGUACAGGAGAGGAAUUGAUUUGCAAAACCAGUUAAAUCUUUGUUUCAUAUUUUAUGAAGUUCCAGACAGUCAGGUAAAAUGAUUAUACUUAACAUGUACACAAAGAAAAUACACAUAUUGUGAUUUUACCAUACAAAAUUCAUAAUGACAG